AUGGAAUGUUGGUCAACAAACACGAGAAAGACAUUGACUGUGGCGUUGGUAGUGGUCAUCUUCUGUACACACGGAAUCGUAGCUGUCCCCCUGAACAGUGAUAUCCGAUAUUAUGAACCUGUCCAUUUUGACAGUCAUGUCUUGUUAGCUGACCAUCACAGAGUACGGCGGGGGACGGAGGACGGACUUCGGCUCACAUUCAGGGCUUUCAACAGGGACUUUCGUCUCAAGCUUCGUCCAAACAUUAAUUUGUUUGCGCCAAAUGUAAUUUUCGAGAGCUCCAUCGGAAAAAUAGAACACAAAGCAUCCGGUGCUUAUGUCGGAUCAGAUGAAGAUGAUACUGGAAGCAAAAUUUAUGGAGUGGUCACAUCGACUGGUCACUUUGAAGGUCAUCUUCACUACCCUAACGAAACAUCGUCUGAUGUAUUACUUAACACCAAAGAUAGUAUGUGCAAAUCUGAUGAACUUCACCGGAAGCUCAUGAAACACCGGAAGUCAGAAGAAAUGCGUGGACUGCUUCAUGAACCAACAGAGAAAUGGUCGGAUCGCUACCGACAAUCAGGGAGACAGAGGCGAUCUGUUGACCCGACCAAAACAGUUUGUGAACUGUAUCUAAAAGCUGACCACACUUUCUACAAUAAGUUUUCUACUUACGACGCUGUGUUAGAACAAAUGACGAAUCAUGUACAAGCAUCUAAUAAUAUAUUCAAUUUGAUAGAUUUUGACGGUGAUGGUUCCCCAGACAGUAUACAAUUCCAGAUAAAGCGAGUGACUAUAUACAACGACCCGAGCGCGGCUGGGUAUCCCUUCCCUCUCCAGUACAGUGUAGAGAGCCUCUUGGACCAACAUUCAAGAGAGAACUACAACGACUACUGUCUCGCAAUCCUCUUUACCAAUAGGGAUUUUAACGGCGUCCUCGGUUUGGCCUGGACGGCAGAGCUGGGUUUUGCCGGAGGAGUAUGUGAGAUAUCCGGGACUUACCAAGGUGAGACUAAAAGUCUGAACACAGCGCUGGUAACAAUGCGUAACUACGCCAAAGAUGUGCCCUCGUCUGUAUCACAUGCCACCUUCGCUCAUGAAGUAGGACACAACUUUGGCUCUAAGCACGAUCCUGAAUCUCAAGGGACGUGCACACCGGGGAGUGGAAAUGGCGGCAAUUUUAUCAUGUUUCCUCGGGCUACAUCCGGGUAUGAAGCAAACAACCAGAUGUUCUCCUCUUGUAGCGUUGAUUACAUGUCCCCAAUUCUGGACGCAAAAGCCCGGGAAACGUCCAAUGGAUGCUUCAAAGUAUCGGGUGUUCCUAUUUGUGGAAACAACGUGGUGGAGUCCGGGGAGGAGUGUGAUUGUGGCUGGUCUGAUACCUGUACGGAGGCCUGUUGUAAUCCCCAGUCCUCUAACCCCAUGGGAACGCCCUGUACCAAAGUCAACGCUUCUGCUUCCUCCUGCAGUCCGAGUGAGGGUCCAUGUUGCAGUCCGUCCUGUACACUGUACACGUCUGGGGAGAAUCAUGUGUGUCGGUCCAACAGUUCUUGUUUGGCUGAGGCGCUGUGCGACGGAUCAUCAGCAAGUUGUCCUGCUUCUGCCUCCGCUGCUAACGGAACGGAAUGCGCAGACGGGCAGGUCUGCUAUCUAGGGGAAUGCUCUGGUUCCGUUUGUCUUGCCCACAGUCUGGAGGCCUGUCAGUGCAGUCCUACCACAGCUGAUGAUUGGAAGGAUGAAAAACUCUGCCAGGUGUGCUGCAUGUACAACUCUAUCUGCACGUCCACCACCGAUAUUCCUUCUAUCACUGCCACAAAAUCAGUGUCAGGAAGUCCGUGUAAUAAUUACAAAGGGUAUUGUGACGUAUUCCAAGUGUGCCGAGAGGUGGACCCAACGGGGCCUCUUCUCGCCCUAAAGAAACUGCUAUUGGACGGAGAGGUGUUCCAGACUCUAAAAGCUUUCCUUACUCAACACUGGUACAUUGGCAUUGCUGCCGGUGUUGUCCUCGUUAUCGCGCUGAUCCUGGUGGCAAAAUUUUGCUCUAAAAGUCACGGACCUCCGAUGAAUCCACGAAAAAACCAAGUGGAAGAUAACAUGUCAUCAUAUGACAAUGGCAGGGAUAUUGACAUGUACAAUAUCAGACGACGAUAG